UCAUGGCAAAUUUUAACAUUUUGACCGUCAGGGAAAUGAUAGACGCUUCUUUUGGUGAAACAGAUAGCAACUGUCCUGUUAACUUAAAAAUGGUUGGGUCUGUUUUAUUCAUUCUUGCGAGGCGUAUGGAACUACUUAAAAGACACUUCAAAGUUGAAGUCCACCAAAAAAUUGCUCCAAAAUCCACCUUUGUAGUGACUGAAAUAAAAAUUCACACUAAAGGAAAGAAAAAAAAACGAAAGGCCAGAUUGUUAGUAGAUGAAUCAGGUAAAAUACGUAGGCCACAAAAGCGUUCCAGUUUGCCAAGUUAUAAAAUACCCCCUCGACAGCGUUUUUCUGAUGACAGUUCUACCGAAACGUCUUCGACUGAAGAACGUUCAACCAAAAAAUCUCAUAAGCGUACAGGUGAAAAACAUUUACAAACCAAGCGUCUAGCUCAAGUAUAUAGGUCUGAGCAGCUUAUAGCUCGAAAGUACUGUCAUGAAACAUCUCCAUCUGAACGAGAAAGAACCAGAAAACACUCUGAUGGAAGAUCUCCAGCCGCCCAUCAAAGAGUAUACACGGGAAAGUCUCUUGCUUCACGACAAAAUACCAAAAAGUAUUCCGAUGAAAUGUCUUCAGCGAGACAAGGUAAACCUCAAAAGUACUCUGACGACAUGUCUCAAUCCGAAAGACGUAAGGAUAUAAAAUCUACAGCCGAACGAAAAAGGGACUAUAGCGAAACAUAUCCCUCCGAGCGAAGUAGAUCAGGAAAGCAUUCCGAUGAAAGGUCUUGGGACUUAGGUCAAGGAUCUGAACGAAAUAGAGCGAGGAACUAUUACUCGCCAUCUGACGAACCUUCCAGUGAAAGUGCAAUUAGUGGCGAAACUAGAACAAAAAAACCUUUUGACCAUAAAGGUAAAACCGAUUCUGAAAGAAGAUCAAAGUCAUAUACUGGCAUAUUUAGAGGGAAAGAAAUACAUGAAAGAAAAAUUACAUUUCAAUCCAGUGAUGAUGAUGUUAUAGAAACACAGCACGAGAAAAUAUAUAUCGUUGCCACCGUCAUAACACCGUCGGGAGAAAACAUACGAGGUUCGACCGACAAUUGGAAUCCAGUGGUAACCCAAGAACAGUAUAAUCGUCUGCUAGCGAAAAUCCGGAAACUACAGAGCAAAUUUAGAAUCUCAAAAAAAUUUGACGAUCUUACAAAAACCACUUCCAUGACUCAUCCCAAAGCAGCUAUGAAUAUUUCGGUACGGCUAGAUAGAGCAGAAAACAGACUUGCGCAUUUAUUGAAGAUUGUCACACAACUCGCAAGUCAAGUACCGAAAACAGAACUACAAGCAGUUUUGAACGAAAUAUCUGUGUCGGGGAAUGAACCCAAAAGCUUUAAAAUAUCAGGCCCUCAAUCAGAUCCAAUAACGGGGCUGCUAGAAGCGCAUGACACCGACAACCAAACAUUUCAAGCGUCUGGUGGUCAGGCUUUUGAAUCUAGUCUAGGAGGUCAAGCUGUAGUACCUAGUAAACUACAAGAAAACGUGAGACAUGGAGAAAUGAAUGAUGAACUGGAAAAAAUACUUUUCUCCGUUGUAAGAGAGAUACAACAGGCAAUCGCCGAUGCAAGAAUUGAAAAAUGUGGCCGAGCUCUAGGAGGAAACGAGAUCCGAGUAGCUUUAAUUCAAAAACAUUUUAAUGAAAUAUUCGGAUUGCAUUAUAAGAUCGAAAAAUGUGGAAAAGCAGUUGCUGAUAUUGAUGAGCGUAUGACAACCCAGAUAGCUUUGUUUCAAGAUAACUUACUGCUGAUGCAAGCCGACUUGGAAACGGCAUUGGACAAAGUCGCCGACUCUUUGUUGUCUCCAAAAGAAGAUGCGGCUGCCGUUGCACAAAUAGUUGAGACCUUUUUAGAAUAUAAAAGUGAUUUAGUCAACACAGAAUACAUACAAGUUGAAUUGAAGCAUGAUAUUGAACAUUAUCUUAAAAAAUUGGAAACUCUUGCGAAAAAAGUUGAACUGCUUCGCAAUCGAAAGUGUACUCGACAACAAAUGUUUGAAGCACUAAGCGAUAAGUUGACUCUUAAGGACAUAAACGGUUUGCUGACUCAAUCUCAAUUUGGCGCUGUAACCGCAAGUAACAAAGAUACCUUUCAAAAUCUCAGAUUGAAAAUAUUUUCAAAGGAAUGUGAUUGGCAGUUCGCAAUAGACAACUUCGUUGCAAAAUGCGGAGCGUGUGCUGAUAUAAUCCAAUUAGCCACAUUAAACGACAGUAUGCAGCAACGUUUUACGAGAAUGGAUAAGGAUUUAGACGACAUGUUUACGAUUGUUAUGCCACCUAAGACAUAUCCAACGGAUAAAAAAGUACAACGCGACGAGAAAUGUUUAUCAUGUGGAGCACCAACCGAAGUAGUGAAGGAUGAGCUUAAUCUGAGACUUUGGCAAGAAAUUAUUUCUACAGCACCUGUUCCUGCCGAUAAAACCAAAUUUAAAUACGGAGAAAUCGCAGGAAUUUGCAUACCUGGACGACCGAUCCCACAUCCUCUUGAGCAAGGUUCAUAUAUUUGCGAACACGAUUGCGGUGAAAUUGUUAACACAACAGAGGAGUUGUUAGAAUUGUUUAUAAAAAGGCUGAACCCAGACUCGCCGAAUAGCGCUGCAGUCCCUGACACUGACAAGGUUAAUAAUACACUUACUUCGAUUUAUUAUAUUGACGUAGACAACUACGAGAACAUCUCACAGUUUUUUGCAAAUUAGUGUGUGACAUUUAGGUAUAGGGACCGUGGUCAUUGGAGGACCUACCAUCGUGUGGCGUGAAUCGGAAACAUAAACAUGUAUAUUGACCAUUCACGCCUUUAGUGCUGCCAUCUACCGGACUCGGAUGUUUUCUUGGUUUGCCAUCUUUGAGCUACAUUGAAAGCAUAAAUUUCAUAUUUACAUUUAUCGCUCACCAAUAAUCUGAAGUCGCCUGUGCUGCCUUUUACAGGUUAUGCUCGCUCCCUAUACCUGUAAUCACCCGUCACGUAACCCUUUUCCAGGCCGCCAAUAUACAAG